GCCUCCCUCAGCACCGGUAUGGUGAAGAUGUAGUUGACGUUCAGCUCGUGGACAGUGAGGAGGUUCGACACACGAGGCCUACAUACAUUAACCCACUUCAUACUUGAUACCCUGUGCGUGCAUAAUAAUCCACGACCCCGUGAGGUGACGUCGUGCCGUGAAUAUUGAACAGCUCGAGUUGCGUAGAGUAUUGCAUCAUUGGGGAUUUACGUGUUGGAGGUUGCUCCACUAACGUUGUUGUACUUGGACAGAAGUGGGCAUAUUUGCCUAUUUGAGUACCGUACCUUGUGGUAAUUUUGAAUUCAACAUCAUUGUUACCAGUGUUGCUAAAUAAUAGAAUUUAGUGUAAUUUAGGGACUGUCUUUAUUGAACAAUUAAAUCAAUUUUAUUUUAUUGUAAAUUUUGGAACAAAAAAGGGGGAGUUAUAGUAGUUUGACAAAUCUGUGAGGAUCGUAAGGACCAGGAGAGUCGCAAGUGACGUGAAGGCGGUCCGUCGGCGUCAGCCACUGCAGACUGACUAGUGACUGAGAGACACUUAACUCACUUAGCCUCAGUGGGGGUACUACUGUACAGCUGUAGUGCUGUAGUUUGACGUUGGCAAAUAUUUGCCCACCGCACCUGCUCCGAUCUGGUCUUCUCUAGAGUUCUCGCCAUCAGACCUCCUCUAGGCUGACACAGCCCUUGCAUCGUCAUGGUCGUCCUACCACUCGUCUCGACAGUCGUCAAGGCUGCUGGGAGAACAAUGCUAGACAACUUCGGCGAGCGAUGGGCCAAAGUCAGAGAUCUUGGUAUUGGAAAAGCUCUUGCCGCCACCGUCGCCACCCACAUCAACUCGGUGUCUGUCGGCAUGUGCCAGGGAUACUCCGCCAUCUUACUUCCUCAACUACAGGAUCCCGCCAGUCCUCUCCAGGUCAACACGGAGGAGGCCUCCUGGAUAGCCAGCCUGGGAGUGAUCACCAACCCUCUGGGUGCCAUAUUGUCGGGUCUUUUGAUGGAAUGGCUCGGCCGCAAGAAGGCUGUCCAACUGGUUUCCAUCCCCUUCCUCUUGGGGUGGCUCACCAUCGCCCUCUCCAGCAACCUCUUCAUCCUCUGCAUAGGCCGUGCCAUCACGGGAGUAGCUAUUGGAAUGGGCGCGGCGUGUUAUGUUUAUGUAGCUGAGAUAAGUCUCCCCGAACACCGAGGGUUCCUCUCCGCCUUCGGCCCCAUUUUCGUCUCCUUGGGGGUCCUUCUGGUCUACAGCUUCGGCUACCUCUUCAACUGGCAGGUGGCGUCCGCCGCUUGUGCCGUCUGCGCCGCCAUCAGCGCCUCCAUCAUGUCGCUGAUACCGGAGUCGCCGUCGUGGCUGUUAGCUCACUGUAAAGAGAAGAAGGCGAGGCAAGCCAUCGUCUGGUUCCGCGGUGACACAGAUGAGGCCUCGAAGGAGCUCGCGGAUCUCUCGGAGGCCAUGAUGGCGAAGAAGAUUGAAAACGAAGAGUCCGGCAAUCAAUGGAGCCAGUUCCUUCAACCAUCAGUUUGGAAGCCGUUUCUGAUCCUUGUGACUUUCUUCAUCUUCCAAGAAGGAUCAGGGCUGUACAUAAUGCUCUACUACGCUGUGAAUUUCUUCCAAGAAUCCGGCAGCACCAUGGACAAGUACGUGCUCUGCAUCAUCGUGGCCUUCAUGCGGCUAGUAAUGAGUAUCUUCGGCACUCUCUGCAUCAAAAGGUUCAACAGGCGAACCAUGGCCUGUGUCUCGGGGCUCGGGAUGGCUUUGUCUAUGGGGGUCGCCGGCUCCUACGAAUAUCUUUACGCCUCCCUGGAUGUCUUGGAGCGCCCUCUUCCCUGGCUCCCUCAGCUCUGCAUCGUCGCUAAUGUCUGCACCAGCAUGUUAGGGAUGUUGCAGCUCCCUUGGAUUAUGAUCGGGGAACUGUUCCCUACUGCGGUCCGAGGAAUCAUGGGCGGUGUCGUCUCCUCACUGGCCUACUUCUUCAUCUUCGUGGUAGUCAAGGUCUACCCUCAGUGCCUCCAGUACAUGCAUGUCCACGGGAUGAUGUGGAGUUUCGCCGCUAUCUCGCUCUUCGCCAUCGUUUUCGUGCUGCUCUUUCUGCCGGAGACCCAGGGGAGGACUCUGAUCGAGAUAGAGGCUCAGUUCAAGGGCAAGACGGAGGUCCGUAAAGAAGGCGAGCCCAGCCCUUGAAAAGGGAAGGUUUCGAGGUGAUUCUCUGAAAACAUUUGAAAUCCGGCAGUACCUAAGUCGAGGGAACCGGCAAGAACAGUCAACUUUGGAAGUCCGUUAGUGUACGGUCAUAUCUCAUGAACAUUUUUAACAGUUACGACCAUACUCACAUUCAAUACCAGUGUAACACUUUCGAAGAACCCAAUAGACCCGAUGAUUGUUUGUGCCAACACAGUGGUAAUGAAGCAUUCGCCUAUCUUGCCGGUGACUUAGACCACAUAAUCAGUAUUUUUGUAGUAUUCAUAAACGUCUGAAUGCAUCAGUUAUAGCUUAGAUAUUUCACGUAGUACUUUAGUUAGUACACUUGACUAGCCUAGUAUGUACAAAUACUCAGAAUAUAUGUCCACCUCUGUAAUACUAACAUUUGUUUUCUGGGAGGAACAGGGACAGGGACUCCGGCUAUUCUGAACACCUUGUGAUAUUAUUAGGCCUAUCGUGUGUGGCUGGGCUCCCGAGAUGUGGGCUAUGGUCCUCACACCACGGCCCGAGUCUCGGCGGCUUUAGGUUAGGUUCUAGUUAUUGACCACUGAUGUGAUACAGUAUUUAUUAUCGAUUAAGAGGCUCUGCAAAGAGAUCUAGACUGGUUUGUUAUGUGAUUUAUAUUGUUUUUAAUAAACAUUGUUUAUAAAUGUU